CGCGCGCUCCGACACACACGCUCACGCGAACGCAGGCGCACGCUCUGGCGCGGGAGGCGCCCCCUUCGCCUCCGUGUUGGGAAGCGGGGGCGGCGGGAGGGGCAGGAGACGUUGGCCCCUCUCGCGUUUCUGCAGCUGCUGCAGUCGCUGCAGCGUCCGGACCGGAACCAGCGCCGUGCGCGGAGCCGCCGCCGCCGCCGCCGGGCCCUUUCCAAGCCGGGCGCUCGGAGCUGUGCCCGGCCCCGCUUCAGCACCGCGGACAGCACCGGCCGCGUGGGGCUGCGCCCGGAGCCCCUGCGCGCGCUCCCGCGCCCCUUCCCUCGGCCGUCGUCCCGGGACCGCCGCCCCGGGGGAGACGUGGCGUCCGCAGCCCGCGGGGCCGGGCGAGCGCAGGACGGCCCGGAAGCCCCGCGGGGGAUGCGCCGAGGGCCCCGCGUUCGCGCCGCGCAGAGCCAGGCCCGCGGCCCGAGCCCAUGAGCACCAUGCGCCUGCUGACGCUCGCCCUGCUGUUCUCCUGCUCCGUUGCCCGUGCGGCGUGCGACCCCAAGAUCGUCAACAUUGGCGCGGUGCUGAGCACGCGGAAGCACGAGCAGAUGUUCCGCGAAGCCGUGAACCAGGCCAACAAGCGGCACGGCUCCUGGAAGAUUCAGCUCAAUGCCACCUCCGUCACGCACAAGCCCAACGCCAUCCAGAUGGCUCUUUCGGUGUGCGAGGACCUCAUCUCCAGCCAGGUCUACGCCAUCCUAGUUAGCCAUCCACCUACCCCCAACGACCACUUCACUCCCACCCCUGUCUCCUACACAGCCGGCUUCUACCGCAUCCCCGUGCUGGGGCUGACCACCCGCAUGUCCAUCUACUCGGACAAGAGCAUCCACCUGAGCUUCCUGCGCACCGUGCCGCCCUACUCCCACCAGUCGAGCGUGUGGUUUGAGAUGAUGCGUGUCUACAGCUGGAACCACAUCAUCCUGCUGGUCAGCGACGACCACGAGGGCCGGGCGGCUCAGAAGCGCCUGGAGACGCUGCUGGAGGAGCGUGAGUCCAAGAGUAAAAAAAGGAACUAUGAAAACCUCGACCAACUGUCCUAUGACAACAAGCGCGGACCCAAGGCAGAGAAGGUGCUGCAGUUUGACCCAGGGACCAAGAACGUGACGGCCCUGCUGAUGGAGGCGAAAGAGCUGGAAGCCCGGGUCAUCAUCCUUUCUGCCAGCGAGGACGAUGCUGCCACUGUAUACCGCGCAGCCGCAAUGCUGAACAUGACGGGCUCCGGGUACGUGUGGCUGGUCGGGGAGCGCGAGAUCUCGGGGAACGCCCUGCGCUACGCCCCGGACGGUAUCCUCGGGCUGCAGCUCAUUAACGGCAAGAACGAGUCGGCCCACAUCAGCGACGCCGUGGGCGUGGUGGCCCAGGCCGUGCACGAGCUCCUCGAGAAGGAGAACAUCACCGACCCGCCGCGGGGCUGCGUGGGCAACACCAACAUCUGGAAGACCGGGCCGCUCUUUAAGAGAGUGCUGAUGUCUUCCAAGUAUGCGGACGGGGUGACCGGUCGUGUGGAGUUCAAUGAGGAUGGGGACCGGAAGUUCGCCAACUACAGCAUCAUGAACCUGCAGAACCGCAAGCUGGUGCAAGUGGGCAUCUACAACGGCACCCAUGUCAUCCCUAAUGACAGGAAGAUCAUCUGGCCAGGCGGAGAGACAGAGAAGCCUCGAGGGUACCAGAUGUCCACCAGACUGAAGAUUGUGACGAUCCACCAGGAGCCCUUCGUGUACGUCAAGCCCACGCUGAGUGAUGGGACAUGCAAGGAGGAGUUCACAGUCAACGGCGACCCAGUCAAGAAGGUGAUCUGCACCGGGCCCAAUGACACGUCGCCGGGCAGCCCCCGCCACACGGUGCCUCAGUGUUGCUACGGCUUUUGCAUCGACCUGCUCAUCAAGCUGGCACGGACCAUGAACUUCACCUACGAGGUGCACCUGGUGGCAGAUGGCAAGUUCGGCACACAGGAGCGGGUGAACAACAGCAACAAGAAGGAGUGGAAUGGGAUGAUGGGCGAGCUGCUCAGCGGGCAGGCGGACAUGAUCGUGGCGCCGCUAACCAUAAACAACGAGCGCGCGCAGUACAUCGAGUUUUCCAAGCCCUUCAAGUACCAGGGCCUGACUAUUCUGGUCAAGAAGGAGAUCCCCCGGAGCACGCUGGACUCGUUCAUGCAGCCGUUCCAGAGCACACUGUGGCUGCUGGUGGGGCUGUCGGUGCACGUGGUGGCCGUGAUGCUGUACCUGCUGGACCGCUUCAGCCCCUUCGGCCGGUUCAAGGUGAACAGCGAGGAGGAGGAGGAGGACGCAUUGACCCUGUCCUCGGCCAUGUGGUUCUCCUGGGGCGUCCUGCUCAACUCCGGCAUCGGGGAAGGCGCCCCCAGAAGCUUCUCGGCGCGCAUCCUGGGCAUGGUGUGGGCCGGCUUUGCCAUGAUCAUCGUGGCCUCCUACACCGCCAACCUGGCGGCCUUCCUGGUGCUGGACCGGCCGGAGGAGCGCAUCACGGGCAUCAACGACCCUCGGCUGAGGAACCCCUCGGACAAAUUUAUCUACGCCACGGUGAAGCAGAGCUCCGUGGACAUCUACUUCCGGCGCCAGGUGGAGCUGAGCACCAUGUACCGGCAUAUGGAGAAGCACAACUACGAGAGUGCGGCGGAGGCCAUCCAGGCCGUGAGAGACAACAAGCUGCAUGCCUUCAUCUGGGACUCCGCGGUGCUGGAGUUCGAGGCCUCGCAGAAGUGCGACCUGGUGACGACUGGAGAGCUGUUCUUCCGCUCGGGCUUCGGCAUAGGCAUGCGCAAAGACAGCCCCUGGAAGCAGAACGUCUCCCUGUCCAUCCUCAAGUCCCAUGAGAAUGGCUUCAUGGAAGACCUGGACAAGACGUGGGUUCGGUAUCAGGAAUGUGACUCGCGCAGCAACGCCCCUGCGACCCUUACUUUUGAGAACAUGGCAGGGGUCUUCAUGCUAGUAGCUGGGGGCAUCGUGGCCGGGAUCUUCCUGAUUUUCAUUGAGAUUGCCUACAAGCGGCACAAGGAUGCUCGCCGGAAGCAGAUGCAGCUGGCCUUUGCAGCCGUGAACGUGUGGAGGAAGAACCUGCAGGAUAGAAAGAGUGGUAGAGCAGAGCCUGACCCUAAAAAGAAAGCCACAUUUAGGGCUAUCACCUCCACCCUGGCUUCCAGCUUCAAGAGACGUAGGUCCUCCAAAGACACGGUAAGGGGGAGAGCACCCCAGUCCCGCGUCCGACUCCACCUGCCCUGCCCUGCGUGUGUCUCCCGCCCCAUCACCCCGCCCCGGACCCUGGGCUCCUGUGGCCCACUCUGCCCCUGUCUCCCUGCGGCGGCCGCUCUGCCCAGCCCGCCCACGCUGCUCUCUCUCACUCUCUGGACCUUUCUCCCCGGCCCUCCUGGGUCCUCGGCUUUCCCCGUGUGUCUCCGUUAGUCUGCCCGCCCACCUCCCCUGCCAUGACCCACACGCCAUCUUGAAGCCUGUCAUCUCGUUGGUCAGUCAGUCAGCCACACCACCUCUCGGGGCCAAGUCUGGGGCCCUGGGAGCCCAGCGUGGCCCCGCCCUGGACUCCUCAGCUGCCGGGAGGCCACACCACUUCUCUGUUAUGUCCCCGUUUCUCUUGCCUCUCCCAGAGGGGCCCGCCGCCCUCACUUUGCCUCUGCGACAGCCCUGCAGGGGGUGGCUGUGAUGUCCCAUCCCGUCCGUCUGUCUGGCCACUGGCCCCGCCCCCCAGACACCUGUCUCACCUGUCUCACCAGAGCCAUGCGUGUUGCAUCUUCAUGUGGUCUCUGUGUGGGCCGGGGGCUGGGGGCCGGGCCUGGGUCCGUCUGGGUGGACGGCUGGGGCCUGGAGUUGGAACUGGCCCCGGCCACGGGGGACUGGCAGGCAGGGAGUGGGGUGGGACCGAAAGGGGUGGCUCCCACCCCAGGCUGAGCAGGGGCCCUGCAGGAGGUAUGGCGGCAGCUCCCAGAGGGUCUGAGAAUGGGUAGGGGCGGCCCCACAAGCCCUGGCCUGCAGAGGCCCAGGACGACACUGAGGUUCCCAGACAGGGAGGCCUCUGGAAGGGAAACGAGCACCUCAGCUCCUGACCCCAGCAACCCCACAGGGCCCACCCCAAAGAGCCAGGCCUGCUCUUUGGAGCCCAGAAGCCCCCCUACCUCCUGCUCGGGGCAGCUUGUCCCUGUAGCGAAUAUGCACACUCGGACCAGAGGCCCCCAAAGCGAACCCAGCCUUGCUAGAGGCACCCUAGGCCCAGGCACCAUGGUGGGGAGGGGCUGCCCAGAGAGGCAGCAGAGACCUCAGUCCAGUGGCCACCCUGCAGUCCAGGGGCCAGUCUGGCCCACAGGAAGUCCCCAGCCCAUAAGCUGCAUCACCAGAGAGAAGCUUACGCCCCGGGGAGGAAGUGCGAUUUGCAGCCACCCGCCCCUCAAUGCACUGGAAGCGGGGCAGACCUCCAGGGCACAGACAGGACUUGGCAUCAAGCAAGCCAAAUCCUGAGAUGAAGCCACCAGGGUGCCCCAAGAGGGACCCAUGAGGCCUGGCUGCUCAGCUUCCUGGGGAAGGGACCUGGCAUGCAGGAUGGGUGGACAGUGAGAGCCUGUAGGCCUGGGGGCCACUGGAGGCUCAAGGAGCAGGUGGAAGCACCAUUCCUGGAGCCACCCCUGCUGCAGAAAGCGGGCAGAGCCGAUGCUGCCAAGUCUGAGCCAGGAGUCCCGCAGGGAACAGGGAGGGGGAAUAGCACAGGGAUUGUGGGCCGGGCAGGCUGGGGAAGAGGGGGUGUCCAGGCAGACAGGAGAAACAGCGAUUUGGGGCAGGCAGCCACGGGGGGCAAGCACAAAUGUCGUGCAGGUGAUGGGCCACUUUCAGAGGGUGACACUGGGUCCCAGGGCCCUGCCUGGAGCGGGGCCAGGUGCAGCUCAGAGACCCUCAUGGUGCCCUCCUGGGGACAUGUUCCCAGUGGAACCCUCACCCGAGCCUCCCUGGGCACCAGGGACCGUCCUCUGGGGCCAGUUCUGGCAUCACAUGGCAUCUGGGGCUGGCCCUGCCCUGCAAGGCUGAACUGUGGGGGGCACUGCCAGCUGGGGGUCUGGGCAGGGGAGGGCAGCCCAGAUCCCACCUGGUCUCUGGGGCUGCGAGCUUGUUCUGAGGGAGGCGUGGGUGGGGGGGCUCCUUUGGGCAGGGUGGGGUCAGUCCGGCUGCGGAGAUCCCCUGCCCCUGUCCUGUGGCCGGUCCGGGCCAGGGCGGCACUGGGCGCUGAGGGCUGGGGUCCCUGGCGGCCGGCGGGGCCAGCGGGUAUUGAUUGUUGGUUCUUAU